AUGUCUUCUUUCAUUCAUCACUGCUUAUUAUUCUUUGUCAUCGCGAUAUUUGCAGUUUCAAAUGCAGCCAAGCUCAAACCCAAGGCCUUCGUUUUUCCUAUAAGGAAAGACGCAAAUAAACUCCAGUACUACACCUCAUUUGAAAUUUCCAAACGCGGAAACAAUGUGCCACUGGUGCUGGAUCUUUUUAGCCAACACACCUGGUUCGUUUGCGACGGCUAUAAAUUUCCAACCUAUAAGCCCAUUAUGUGCCACUCUGAUAAAUGUAGAACGUAUAACAAAAAAGGGGAGCCUUGCAUGAUCUGUGAGCCUAAUACUGUGUCUCGCACGCCAGGCUGCACUGUCGGGGCCUGUACUCUCUAUUCAAAUAAUCCAUAUGGUAUCUUUUUCGGUCAGGGUGCUCUAAGCCUCGGAGAGGAUUUCAUAUUUGCCAUGACUACGAAUGGUGUAUCAGUAGGAACAACCUACAAAUCUCCCAAACCAAUAUUUCCAUUCACCUGUUCAGAUGCCAAUUUUUUGGGUAAUCUAUCCAAUAAAACCAGAGGUAUGGCAGGGAUCGGAAAUGGAAUAACUUCAUUACAUGCACAAUUGUCAUCACAGUUUAAGGUACCUCAUAAAUUUGCUCUUUGUUUGCCCUCCACAUCUGAAAAUGCACCAGGCCACAUGUUUGUCGGUGGAGGGCCAUAUUAUUUUUCGCCAUAUGGUAAAGACAUUGCUAAACAACUGAUCACUACACCACUAGUUGAAAACCCCCUUAAAAUCAGGGGUGUGACACAAUCAGGUGAAGAUGCUGAGUAUGAUUUUUACGUAAAUGUAACAUCUAUUAGUGUCGAUCAUAAACUUGUCUCUUUCAAUGCCUCAUUGUUAUCCAUCGAAAAAGAUGGAUUUGGGGGUACUUCAUUUAGUACCACCUCUGCUUAUACAAUACUAACUUCUUCCAUCUAUGAGAGUCUUGUUAGUGCUUUCGUCAAGGCUGCAGCAUUCAGAAAGAUGAUCAGAGUGGCCUCUGUUGCGCCCUUUGGAGCGUGUUUUGAUUCUAAAUCAAUUGCCAGAAGCCAGACAGGGCCUGUAGUGCCAUAUAUAGACAUUGGUCUGGCAGGCAACACACACUGGAGAUUUUACGGUGCCAAUUCAAUGGUCGCGGUGAACAAUGAUGUGCUAUGCUUGGCCUUUGUGGAUGCACCGUUUGUUAGAAGUUCAAUUCACAUAGGAUCACAUCAAAUGGAAAAUUAUCUUAUUGAGUUCGAUCUCGUUUCCAAGAAACUUGGGAUUAGCACUUCACUUUCUUUUCGAAACACAACUUGCAGCCAGUCUCGAGGCAUCUAG